GAAGCCUAUAGCCCACCCCGCGCGCGUAUCUCAUACACGUUAUCCUACAUAGUAGCUCGACAUCUUGCUACCUAUCACGAUCCCCUCACACGUUGGAGAUUAUCAUGGCCUCAACUAAAGCGGAAACCACCGGCAACAAUGACUGUCUACGAGAAGAAGUUGCCGGCGAACUACAGAAGUAUCGACAACGACGCAUACAGCGAUACCGCCAAGUUAACGUGCUCCUCCUUACGUGGAAAGAGGGGGAGGCUACAUUCGGAGCUGAGGCUGAGGCCUUGGAAGAAAUGUUUCAUAAGCAUUUUAACUACACAGUGCGGCCUUACAGAAUUCCGUCCACGGAUUCACAGCAUUCCUUGAGCUUGCACGUUGCCCAGUUUAUCAAGUGCUUCGGCGGAGAGGAUAACCUCAUAAUCGUUUAUUACAGUGGACAUAGCGAUGUCCCCCAGCAAAACGAGUCGAGAUACUCAUGGGCAGCGCUUAUAAACGGGGGACCUACCCUGGACUGGUCAAUCAUCCAGCCUCAGUUUCUUGGAGCCGGUUGCGAUGUUGUAAUAUUCCUCGACUGUUGCUACGCUGGACAGGCAGCUCGGGGUAAAGUAUUACACAAUGUUGAAAUCCUAGCAGCGGCUGAUAAGGACAAUUGGACGCCUAAGGGUGUUGGUAAACACCCCUCCUUCACCAAAGUUCUCAUGCGAGAGAUGACUAGCAUGGUGCAGCAGUUGGGAGUCGUCACUCUCCCCACCCUGCAUAGAGAAUUGCUCAAAUUAGAGGCCGGACUUUCAAGGCAGCCACUGUAUGCGUCGAUGGCGGCAGAAGGCCACCCUGCUAUUGUUCGCUUAACGAGAUGGGAAACUCUUCCUUCUUGGCCGGACGUGGCGUCGCAAGGCACCGGCGUCGAACGACUAGAGGAAAAGGAAUUCCUUGACCUCCGUUUUCGAUUUACCGGGCCCCUCGAUUCGGGCUCGACGGCAGCUCUUGUAAGGUGGAUGACUAAAGGAUCACCGUCCUUCAUUUACGAUAUCGAAGUGAUCGAACGAGCUCUUUCGGACGCCCGUGCGGCUAACGGGAUAGCCGAUCGACUUGUGAAAUCCGAUACUGUAUUAGAUGGAGGAGGCACCAUAGGCCUACCAACCCAGGCAGCUAAGGAGGCGCUCGAACGACUCGCCUCUUUGAAUAAGUUGAUCUUGGAGACCAGUUCAAGCGAGCUCAAGGAUUUACAGCACAUCCAAAUCGUUGAGAAUAUCCGCGAAGAUGCAGCAGCUGUUAUCUCGGCCGUCACCGACUUCCUCGCCAGCAUUAAUAAUAAGUAUGUUCAGAGUCUACGUUCCAUGGACUUGGGGAGCAUCAAAGACCCUCAAAGCAGCAUCUCCAUGCGCUUUACCGGCACCCAGAGAGAUGGGGAAGACCAUCCCGCUCCGAAAAGUAUCACGACAUAUACUCAUUAGGGAUUGUGCUUACAGAGAUAGGGUGUUGGAAACUCGUUACCAGCAUGUUCGAGCCUGUGAACAAUUCCGAUACCCUGAGGAAGUCCCUCUAUGGCAAAGUAAACGAGCAAUGAGAACACUCUACCGGGACCAUCUAUGCCGAAAUCGUAGGUGCUUGCUUGGGACGGACUGAUUGGGGGGCAUACCAGGACUGUCAGACACAGAAUGAAUUCCGGGAAAGGAUUUGGCGACCUAUGGCGAGUCUCUGUUCUCUCUACGAGAAGCAGAAAUAAUCGAGCAUUGGAACAAGGUGGAAAGCGCUCAUUCGGCCUUCUGUAUAAUUGAAGAAAAACGAUUCAUGUCUGCAAUACCUAUUAUAGUAGGGGACUUUCCGAUAUUAAGGUUGCGGUGCGUCAAUAUGCAAGCUGGGGCCCCGAAAGGUGGCAGCGCCUGUAAUAUACGUUCAGAUUUUUAUCUACGG